CCUCCUCCCCUGUGUCCGCCCUGGGAGAGGAGCUCCAGGAUCCAGGCCCAGACCAUGUCGCAGCUGGUGGAAUGUGUCCCCAACUUCUCAGAGGGGAACAACCAGGAGGUGAUUGAUGCCAUCUCCCGCGCCGUGGCGCAGACCCCGGGCUGCGUGCUGCUGGAUGUGGACGCCGGCCCCUCCACCAAUCGCACUGUCUACACGUUCGUGGGGUCACCUGAGGACGUGGUGGAGGGCGCCCUCAAUGCUGCCCGGGCGGCCUUCCGGCUCAUUGACAUGAGCGAGCACAGAGGGGAGCACCCUCGGAUGGGCGCCCUGGACGUAUGCCCCUUUGUCCCUGUGAGAGGCGUCAGCAUGGACGACUGUGUGCUCUGUGCCCAGGCCUUCGGCCAGCGGCUGGCGGAGGAGCUGGCUGUGCCAGUGUACCUGUACGGGGAGGCGGCGCGGACAGCCAGUCGCCGGACCCUGCCGGCCAUCCGGGCUGGGGAGUAUGAGGCCCUCCCUGAGAAGCUCAAGCAGGCCGAAUGGGCACCCGACUUCGGCCCCAGCUCUUUCGUCCCCAGCUGGGGGGCCACUGUCACGGGGGCGCGGAAGUUCCUCAUUGCGUUCAACAUCAACCUGCUCAGCACCAAGGAGCAGGCCCACCGCAUCGCCCUCAACCUUCGGGAGCAGGGCCGUGGGAACGACAAGCCAGGACGCCUGAAAAAGGUUCAGGGCAUUGGCUGGUACCUGGAUGAGAAGAACGUGGCCCAAGUGUCCACAAAUCUCUUGGACUUUGAGGUCACAGCACUGCAUACCGUCUACGAGGAGACCUGCAGAGAAGCCCAGGAGCUGAGCCUUCCGGUGGUGGGCUCCCAGCUGGUGGGCUUGGUGCCUUUGAAGGCCCUCCUGGAUGCUGCUGCCUUCUACUGCGAGAAGGAGAACCUCUUCCUCCUGGAGGAGGAGCACCGCAUCAGGCUGGUGGUGAGCCGGCUGGGCCUGGACUCUCUGUCCCCCUUCAACCCUAAGGAGCGGAUCAUCGAGUACCUGGUCCCCGAGGGCGGGCCUGGGCAGAGCCUGGCGGACAAGCCCCUGCGUGCCUUUGUGCGUGAGGUGGGUGCCCGCUCCGCGGCCCCAGGGGGCGGCUCCGUGGCAGCAGCCUGCGCAGCCAUGGGCGCCGCGCUGGCCUCCAUGGCCGGCCUCAUGACCUACGGGCGCCGCCAGUUCGAGCACCUGGACGCGACCAUGCGGCGUCUGAUCCCGCCCUUGCACGCGGCCGCGGCCGAGCUGACCGCGCUGGUGGACGUCGACGCCCGGGCCUUCCAGGCCUACCUGGAAGCAACAAAGCUGCCCAAGAGCACACCUGAGGAAAGGGACAGGCGUGCGGCUGCCCUGCAGGAGGGGCUGAGGCGGGCGGUCGCCGUGCCCCUGGCGCUGGCAGAGACGGUGGCCUCGCUGUGGCCGGCGCUGCAGGAGCUGGCCCUGUGUGGGAACCUGGCCUGCCGGUCGGACCUGCAGGUGGCGGCCAAGGCCCUGGAGACGGGCAUGUUUGGGGCUUAUUUCAACGUGCUCAUCAACCUGAAGGACGUCACUGACGACGCGUUCAAGGACCAGACCCGCCGGCGCAUCUCCAGCCUCCUGCAGGAAGCCAAGACCCAGGCAGCGCUGGUGCUGGAGAGCCUGGAGGCCCGGCAGGAGUGACGGCAGGCGGGGAGACUGCGUGGACUCUGCAGCCCUCGGUGUCCCCCCCUUUCUGGAAGCCUCCACACAUGGUCCCUCUGGGGCCCAGAGUGGGCGGAGGCAGGGGUUGGGGUCCCCUUGGGGUGGCAGGUUCACCCCUUGUCACUUGCUGCUUUUAGUAAAGUCAUGACCCACCGGU